CGCCAGUCGACGCCACCGUAGGAAUCACCAAGAGCCAGCUGCAUCGGCUGCAUCCUCACCGGUGGUAGUGCGCUGCCUUCACGUCAUACAAAUGGCUUCGAACGUCGUCUCGCGUAUCAUAUUCGUAACCGGCAACAAAGACAAGCUACGAGAAGUAGUGUCCAUCUUGGGCAAGAUUCCUGGUUUCGAGUUAGACAACCGCGCGGUGGAGCUCAUGGAGCCUCAGGGCGAUGGCGACACUGUCUGUCGGACCAAGUGCGAGGAGGCUGCGCGCCUGGUGGGUGGUCCAGUGCUCGUGGAGGACACAUCGCUGUGCUUCGAUGCCCUGGGCGGCCUACCCGGACCCUACGUCAAGUGGUUCCUCGACAAGAUUGGCUCCGAGGGACUCCAUCGCAUGCUCGUGGGUUACGAGGACAAGCGUGCCGAGGCGGUGUGCACGCUAGGCUUCAGUGCAGGCCCCGAGAAGCCAGUGCGCCUGUUCCACGGUCGUACGCGGGGCACUAUAGUGGCGCCACGAGGUAGCAACAACUUCGGAUGGGACACGUGCUUCCAACCCGAAGGGUACAGCCACACGUACGCCGAGAUGAGCAGCGCUGAGAAGAAUGCCAUCUCUCACCGGCACAGGGCAGUGGAGGCGCUGCGCCAAUUCCUGCUCUCUCCAGACGCUGCCCGCGAGUGCCCUGGCAGCGCAUGACGUUUUACAGUUGGUGUAAUAGCGUGCAUGUAAAUGUAGGUUUUUCAAUUGCUGAAUUAGUAAUAAUACAAACAUAUCUAUUUCACUUGUUCCUGCAGUCCACUUAUGAGUGAACUGCUAGAUGUUUUGUAAAAAAGUGACAUAUGUGUCGAAAUUCUGCAGUUUGAUGCAAUAAAACCAAGUGGCAAUUA